AUAUUUAUAUAAAGGAGGUUCUCGGCAGGCUGAUGUGGCAUGUCUGAGAGCCCUUCUAAUCAAAUUCUCUUAUUCUCAUAUUUUUUAGAUUUUUUUAAUUUUUUUUUCCAAACCGAAGAUAUACACGGCUAAUGAAAAGGCUCCUUAUGGCAUCUGUGACUCUGUAGAUUCUCAACUCCUGAGAAAGCUAUGGUUCAAACCGCUGAUCCGCGAGUUCACAUCUCACCACAAUCCAGCGACGGUAAAUUCAUUUUUCUCCUCUCAGGUCUCUUCUCAGACCCUAAACUACUACAAUUCUGGUAAAUCCAUGUAUAUAUUCACACACCGUGAACUCUAUAAAUAUAUAUAUAUAUAUGUAUGUUGAUUGAUCGAGCAGGGCUCUUCGGGUUGAUCGAGCAGGCCUAUUCGGGACGAUACUGAUGGAUCUCAUCACUUAGGAUUCCUGCUUCGAUAACACCUGUACUUUAGGUUUCAGCGAUUGCAUCAGAACUGUUUGAUGAAGUAUUGGAGUGCCUCAAUGAACGAUUGCAUCAGAACUGUUUGAUAAAAUGCCUCAACGAAUAUUUGAAUUAGCUUUUGACGAUUGUAUCAAUAGUGUUUGAUAAGGUGGUUAUGGAGUCGCAAAUGGAGGACCAUACGCAUGGAGUUAAUGCUACAAUAGAGUUAUGACUCCUACAAGUACAAAUAACAAUGUGCUCCUGAGACUGAUUCUACGUGAGUGGAGCGCUGCCUAUUUAUUGGAUUAGUCACCUAUUCAGCUGCUAUUGUUCUUAACUAUAUAUAGAGGACCAGUAAUAAAUUCAGUAAAGUCUGACCCUUGUAUCCAUGGUGGUUCGCGAAAAAAUAUAUGUCUUAUUGACCUUCUUGUAAAGAGACUCUCGAUUAAAUGAUGCAUUCAGCUAGAGGAUCAAAGCGGGUAUGCAUGUUAUUCGUCUCCACACUAGCAAAUCACAUAUAUACUUUUGCUAAUUUUCAGGGUUGAUCUAUGUUAUAUGAUCAUAAUCAUGGACACUUAUCUGCUUCUUAAUGACCUUCUUGUAAAGAGCCCUUCUAAUCAAAUUCUCUUAUUCUCAUAUUUUUUAGAUUUUUUUAAUUUUUUUUUUCAAACCGAAGAUAUACACGGCUAAUGAAAAGGCUCCUUAUGGCAUCUGUGACUCUGUAGAUUCUCAACUCCUGAGAAAGCUAUGUUUCAAACCGCUGAUCCGCGAGUUCACAUCUCACCACAAUCCAGCGACGGUAAAUUCAUUUUUCUCCUCUCAGGGCUCUUCGGGUUGAUCGAGCAGGCCUAUUCGGGACGAUACUGAUGGAUCUCAUCACUUAGGAUUCCUGCUUCGAUAACACCUGUACUUUAGGUUUCAGCGAUUGCAUCAGAACUGUUUGAUGAAGUAUUGGAGUGCCUCAAUGAACGAUUGCAUCAGAACUGUUUGAUAAAAUGCCUCAACGAAUAUUUGAAUUAGCUUUUGACGAUUGUAUCAAUAGUGUUUGAUAAGGUGGUUAUGGAGUCGCAAAUGGAGGACCAUACGCAUGGAGUUAAUGCUAAAUAGAGUUAUGACUCCUACAAGUACAAAUAGCAAUGUGCUCCUGAGACUGAUUUUACGUGAGUGGAGCGCUGCCUAUUUAUUGGUAUGUGUUAUUUAAUUCUUUUGUUAGUGCUCCUAAUCUUCACGUCUCAAGCGUAGUUAAUUUGAAUUUUACUGGUAUAUUGUAAUUGAUAGGAUUAGUCACCUAUUCAGCUGCUAUUGUUCUUAACUAUAUAUAGAGGACCAGUAAUAAAUUCAGUAAAGUCUGACCCUUGUAUCCAUGGUGGUUCGCGAAAAAAUAUAUGUCUUAUUGACCUUCUUGUAAAGAGACUCUCGAUUAAAUGAUGCAUUCAGCUAGAGGAUCAAAGCGGGUAUGCAUGUUAUUCGUCUCCACACUAGCAAAUCACAUAUAUACUUUUGCUAAUUUUCAGGGUUGAUCUAUGUUAUAUGAUCAUAAUCAUGGACACUUAUCUGCUUCUUAUUUAUCUGGAGAGCAUAUCAGGAAAUUUUUAGAAUAGGAACAUUAUCUGGUUUAUACUUAUGCAUUUGUAAAGUUCAUUAAAAUGAUGUAUCUAAAUAAGCUGAGCAGCCGUUACUGUAAUGUACAAAGAACAGAGCUAUCUGUUAUAUUGUAACUGCAAGUCAUAAAAUCUUCCAAGUUCAAAUUGACGUGAGGUUGUGUGUCCUUCUUGACUUAUUUCUUUUGUUUAUAGUUGUAACUAAAUUUACAAAACGUUUUUGUUGACUUACCAAUCAUGAUUCACGUGAAAAGGGGUUCGUCUCCUAAUAUUAAGCAAAUUUAUUAAGUAGUUAUUAAAAUCAUUUGAGCACAAUUCUUUUGUGACUAUCUUCGCAUUUACGUGUUAUCUUUUUGAUCUUUAACAAUUGAACAUGAUAUGCUAUAUUGAUCACCCCUAAGAAAUAAGAGUAUCAUAAUAUUUAAAAAUGUGAGUUUGCACAAAGCUAAAAAAGUAACUAUACGACUAAUUAAACUAAAUAUUUCUUAUUUUCAUGAACUUCAUAGUGCCUAACUGACAUCUACUCUAUUUUUUGCUAUUUGAGAUCUGGUUUAUAACAAUUACAUAAAAAAUCAUUAAAAGUCUUAAUCAACAAGCUCAGAAAACUAAUGAUAAAAAAUUAAUAUUUUAUAACAAGACAAUAUUAUAACACGCGGUAUCAAAGUAAUAAUCAUCUAAUAUUUUAAAUUAACAAAAAAAAUAUAAGACAUUGAAGUACUAUAUAAAUGAUAUGAAAAUUAAAAGGAUAAGCCACAUCAAACGUGUAGGAAUUUUUCGGGUACAAUUUUAAGGUUAGUAAUUCAAUUGAUGCUUUUAUAAUAAAUUAAGGUAGGGUCUUUUACAUACAAUAUAUGUUUCAAUUAUUAUUUAUACAAGGUGUGUGCAAUAUAUGCUAAAAAAUAAUGUGUUGAUGGUCUGUCCAUCAUAUAUCACUUAACUAUUACACAAACGUACGCUCAAAAAAAGAGAAAUAAAUAUAAAACAACGCGGACCACACAUCUUCAUCUAAUCAUGAUUUAAGAUAUCGUAAUUCACAUAUCAAGAACAAGUUUUCAUAUUGGAUGAAAUAAUUUAAUAAUUUUCAACAAUAAAUUACAGAUCUUUUUAAUGAGGUAUAAUAUAUUUAAAUUCUAAAAGUUUCAGUAUUAAUUUCGAAUAUAAUUUUGAACAUGUAUAUAAUAUGGUGGUGGCCUCUAUAUCCUAACGAAUUUGAAUAUAGAAAAAUCAGUUCAAAUGUUGUUUUUGAUCCAUAAUUUUUUUUUGAAUAUAGUACACAUUAUUACUAUCAAUGCUAUUAGAUUGCAAAUGUUACAUAUCAUAUUUACAUAUUCUAUUAAAAAAAAUAAGACGUAAUAAUUAUACUCGGAAUAAUAUGAUGACACACGAAUAUUAUUUAAAAUACAAUAAAAACUAGAGUCGCGUGCAAUUUUGCCUUAAAUCUAACAUAACGCGGCGAGUUGGUAGCAAUAAUUAGAAAAACAGAAAAGAACACCAAAGUAUAUUUCUUGUUUAUUAUACAGAAAGAAUAGAUAGGUGGCAACAAAGCCCCCUCUAAGUGCCACACGUGUGCUCUGCACAAAGUAACGUGGACGAAGACCCUCACUCCCACCGUUUCUCUAUCUACAAUAAGUCCGUGCAUAUACCUGUGUAUGUAUAACUUGUCUCGCUCUCAUGUAUUUCUCCACAAAGUAGAAAAAUAGUUGCAAGAAAAUUUAAAGAUUAGCUGCACAAAAAAUGGUGAUCGCAACCACAAUAACAGACAGCAAGGAAGAGUUGCACUCAACUUUCGCUUCUAGAUAUGCCAGGACUUCUCUCCCCAAGUUUGUAAUGCCAGAGCAGGCUAUAUCGAAGGAUGCUGCUUAUCAGAUAAUAAACGAUGAGUUGAUGCUGGAUGGUAAUCCGAGGCUUAACUUGGCAUCAUUUGUGACCACAUGGAUGGAGCCGGAAUGCGAUAAACUUAUCAUGGCUUCGCUUAAUAAGAACUAUGUUGACAUGGAUGAGUACCCUGUUACCACUGAACUUCAGAAUCGUUGUGUCAAUAUGAUAGCUCAUCUUUUUCAUGCACCUGUGCAAGUAGAUGAGACCGCCAUUGGGGUCGGAACAGUAGGUUCAUCUGAGGCCAUAAUGUUAGCGGGACUUGCUUUUAAGAGGAAAUGGCAGGCUAGGAGGAGAUCGGAAGGCAAACCAUGUGAUAAGCCCAACAUAGUAACUGGAGCCAAUGUGCAGGUAUGCUGGGAAAAAUUUGCAAAAUAUUUUGAAGUCGAACUGAAGGAAGUGAAGCUGAGGAAAGACUACUACAUAAUGGAUCCUGUUAAAGCAGUAGAGAUGGUUGAUGAGAACACUAUAUGUGUUGCAACCAUCCUUGGGUCAACUCUGACAGGAGAGUUCGAGGAUGUGAAGCUACUAAACGAGCUUCUAGUGAAACGAAAUAAAGAAACUGGAUGGAACACCCCAAUACAUGUUGAUGCUGCUAGUGGAGGAUUUAUUGCUCCCUUUAUCUACCCUGACCUUGAGUGGGAUUUCCGUUUACCAUUAGUAAAGAGCAUCAAUGUAAGUGGUCAUAAGUAUGGCCUUGUUUAUGCAGGCGUUGGUUGGGUAGUGUGGAGGAGCCAAGAUGAUUUGCCAGAGGACCUUGUCUUCCACAUCAACUACCUCGGAUCUGAUCAACCAACAUUUACUCUCAACUUCUCUAAAGGUUCUAGCCAAAUAAUUGCCCAGUACUACCAGUUCAUAAGGCUUGGAUUUGAGGGGUAUAAAAACAUUAUGGAGACCUGCAUGUCAAAUGCAAGAGUUCUGAAAGAGGGACUAGAAAAGAUGGGACGAUUCGAGAUCAUCUCUAAAGAUGUUGGUGUACCGCUGGUGGCAUUCUCCCUCAAAAACAGCAGCAAGCACACUGUAUUCGAGAUAUCCGAGAGUCUACGCCGAUAUGGUUGGAUAGUUCCAGCAUAUACAAUGCCUCCAGAUGCAGAAGAAGUCGCCGUUCUACGAGCAGUAAUUCGAGAAGACUUCAGCCGUAGUUUGGCUGAGAGACUGACCAGCGACAUAGAGAAAGUUCUGAAACAGAUAGAGGCCUUACCACCACGUAUAUCCACCAGAGCUGCCCAUUUAAUAUCCACCAGAGAUACCCAUUUAAUUGGUUCAGUUAGUGAUACACCUGUGGCCACCGAGGAGCUUGAAAGGAGUGUAAGAGAGAGCCAAAGCCAGGUUGCGAUGGAAUGUAGAAAUGCUGGAAGAGAAAAGGUAAGCGGUGUCUGCUAGUUUUCUGGAGUAAGUUCGGGCUGAAAGAAAAUAGUAAAACGCCAUUGCCUCGUCACGAAGCUGUCGUGAUUUCUUCUUUUUCGACUUUUUGAUUGGUGUACUCUUGUUGGUGCAUUUUAACUUUUGUCUGUUCUCAUGAAAGUAUUUAAUCUUCCUAAUGAACCAAGUGUUGGUUAAUUGCAAAUUUUUAGUCAAUCCAGUCUUUUCAACUUCA